AUGCAGAACGGACUCGUCAAUGGAAAUGGCAAUAGCCAUGGCAGCCGUCCAAACACACCAAUCGUUGUUAAUAACCUCUCAAUGACGGAAUACUCAGCCAACCCUUCACCGCCCAGGACAACUCCUACGAGUCCCAAGAGUAAGGUCAGAGCUGUGGUUCCGGAGGAGUUCGUACUGCCUAAUGGCUAUCCUGAUUAUCUACGACUCAUCCUCACAUCACGCGUCUACGAAGUAGUAGAAGAAACCCCCCUCACCCACGCCACAAACCUCAGCAACAGAUUAGAAUGCAAAGUCCUCCUCAAACGAGAAGACCUCCAGCCGGUCUUCAGCUUCAAGCUGCGUGGAGCAUACAACAAGAUGGCACACUUGGAUAAAAAGGUCAGCUGGAAGGGCGUCGUAGCAUGCUCGGCAGGGAACCACGCACAAGGUGUUGCCUACUCCGCACGCAAACUCAAGAUCCCCGCUACGAUCGUCAUGCCUGAGGGAACACCUAGCAUCAAACAUCUCAAUGUGUCACGAUUAGGAGGGUCGGUGGUGUUACACGGUGCAGACUUCGACGCUGCGAAGGAAGAGUGUGCGAGACUGGAGAAGCUACAUGGUCUAACGAACAUCCCUCCAUUCGACGACCCCUACGUUAUCGCCGGCCAAGGUACAAUAGGCAUGGAGCUCCUGCGCCAAACCAAUAUCCAAAAGCUCGAAGCGAUCUUCUGUUGUGUUGGUGGCGGAGGGCUCAUAGCAGGUAUUGGAGUCUAUGUCAAACGCAUCGCGCCUCACGUUAAAAUCAUUGGCGUCGAAACUUACGACGCAAACGCCAUGGUACAAUCGCUCCAGAAAGGCGAACGAGUUGUGCUUAAAGAUGUAGGACUUUUCGCAGACGGCGCAGCUGUCAAGCACGUGGGAGAGGAGAGUUUCCGUCUGUGCCAAGAAGUCGUCGAUGAGAUUAUCCAAGUCAGCACCGACGAGACGUGCGCAGCUAUCAAAGACGUAUUCGAGGACACACGCUCGAUCGUCGAACCAGCUGGUGCAUUAGCCGUUGCAGGGUUAAAGAAGUACGUCGCUACUCAUCCAUCCGCCGACACCUCUCGCAACCUCGUCGCUAUUGCCUCGGGCGCGAAUAUGAAUUUCGAUCGGCUACGAUUUGUAGCUGAGCGCGCUGCGCUGGGAGAGAAGAAAGAAGCGUUGAUGUCGGUGAAGAUUCCGGAAAAGCCAGGCGCCUUUUCGGAGCUCAUUAAGUGUAUCAUGCCGCAUAUGGUCACGGAGUUCUCAUAUCGCUAUGCUACGGACGCUGUAGCCAACGUACUUGUCGGUAUCUCUCUCACCUCCCCUGCAUCUCAACGAGACGAGGAACUCUCUUCUUUAUUAUCCCGCAUACGUGCUGGCGGCAUGACGCCCACUGAUCUCUCCGGCGACGAGCUAGCAAAAUCACACGUCCGUUACCUCGUUGGUGGUAUAUCGGGCGUCCCGAAUGAAAGGCUGUACAUGUUCAACUUUCCCGAGAGGCCUGGCGCGCUGGAAAAGUUCCUUGCGACGCUCAGACCAAGGUACAACAUCUCAUUAUUCCAGUAUCGGAAUGCGGGCAGUGAUAUUGGGAAGGUGUUGACCGGUAUCGUGUGUCCGGAUGAUGAGGUUAACGAGGUUGAGGAAUUUUUGCGGAGGAUCGGGUAUCCGUAUGAGGAUUGUACCACGAGUGAUGUUUUCAAGACUUUCUUGAGGGCUGAUGGUUCUUGA